AUAAGAACAGAACAGAAGAGGCAGCGAGGGGCAAGGUAGCGGCCGCCAGUGUGGUUGGCAGCAGUGGUAGUGGACAACCUAGACCUAAAAGGGAUCACCCACUUGACCUACCACUCUACAAGGGCCACAACGGUAUGCUAGUGCUGGAGACUAUAGAAGGCGUAGCCAGCCUUCCGGUGAACGGGUCUCUAGCUCUGCAUAUGGUGAUGUGGCGCGGCAAUAUGAUUUUAGCUAUAAUAGACUCUGACCUUAACCUCAAGCUCUUCACAAUGGACCCUCAAACGCUAGAGAAAAAGCUGGUGUUAACAAUGUCCGGGAGACUGAAGUGUAAAAUGGCAAAAGUGUCGACGGACAACCUGCUUUUGGUGUGCAUCACGCGCGAAGUUCCCCAAAAGUUGGCGAAGUCACGCACUAUUGAGGAGGUGACAGUUUACCUCCUGAGGGAGGCAGAACCCGGGGGCACGAACCUGUCUGUUGAUUUCCUGCAGAGUAUCCCCACCCACAGCCCCUCCGACGUACAUGUGUGGAGCCAAGAAGAGAGCUGGUAUAUGAUGGUUACUGAAGCAAUGCUAAGGAGGGCUAGUGAUGAAAUCUCCCUGACUGCCAACAUCCACAAGACUACCACAUUCUCCCAUCAUGGACUACAGUCCCACUACUCGCACCCUCAUCCACCCUUCCGUACAACCACCACCUAUCACACCACUUCUAGCAUCUACCGCUGGACUGGCCAAUACUUCGACAUGAUCCACAAGCUACCAGGCACCUACCCAACGUCAGUUCUCCACUUCAAAACCAAGAACCUUAAUUUCAUUGCUAUGGCCAACUUCAUGAAUAAUAAAGGGGAGCACAACUGCUACAGUUACAUCUUCCACCACUCCCUGGACAUGGAACGCUACGAGCUUCACCAGCAGGUGUUUACAAUGGGAGCUUUGAACUUUGAGGCCUUCACUCUGGGCAGUGGACUAGACCCACACACCUACCUCGCUGUAGCUAACUCCUGCGAGGAUGUUAAACGAGGGGUUUGGGAAGAUGCAACCCUUAUACACGCUCGAGGAUCUAUCGCUUUUAUAAUGGAAAGUUCAUACUCUUCCAGGAGAUCCCCACCGCUCACGCUGUUCAGUGGCUAG